GGCGGAGGGAGUAGUUCUAGCGGUGCCCCUGGCGCAACAGGUGGUCGUGGUGGAGGCGCUUCCUCCACAUGCUCAGGCCGCCAUCAGCAUAGCACUAGUGCCGCUUCUUCUAGUAGCUGCCAGCAGAGAAAAAAGCACCAACACCAAGAGAGGAAGAAACAAGUUGAAGAGUUGACUUUGGUCAAGUUGUUAGCUGAAGACGAAACGCGCGCUCGUGAGACAUUUGAAAAUGGAGAGUUCAUUAAGGGUUACCGUAAUACAUUCUUCGCCACCAUUCUCGACCUGUUUCCCAGUGGGAGAGGAGUCAAGGAUGAUGUGAAGAAUGCAAUGUCGCAACCUCUGUCUAAGUUCAAGCACGGCCCUCGCUUUCAAAUUUUCUUAGGCCAAGAAACCAUAACCACAAAGGCCCUCGACGUCGCAGAAGGCGAGAACAAUCUGAAGCAUGAAGCUCUACUAACAGCCUUAUUCAAGAUCCAAGAUGGUCUCGAGCAGACACUGGACAAGUGGCUUCAAAGACAAAGGAGGCUAAGGCCGCUAUUUUUUGUGCCACCAGCUAGAGGAAAAAAUAGUCCACGUGAGCCUCCAGUUCAACAAGAAAGUCCUCCAGGACCACCGCUGGAUGUUCAUCUCGCAGAGCCGGUUCCCUCUGAUCAUGCUGGUUUGCAUUUCAGUACCAUGACGCGUAGUUUGCCAAAAAUUCAUGAGGCAAAUGCGUUCGAAUCUUGGUCUAAGCACCUACAAGACAUACGACCGCAGGACUCUCUUCUACAGGUUUUAGAAGGGCUGCUGCUACAUCAGGACGCGGGCCGCGGGAUCAUCCGCCGUGUACAACCACGAGAAGAAGAAGAACUCACGCAACAACCAGGAGUCGAACCAAAUCGACCAGGAAUCGAACACGAACAAGUCACGCCAGCUCCUUAUGCGACGCGAGGUGGCCUUUUCAAGGAGUGGCUGAGAUGGGUCUCCGCAGAUGAUGAGAGACUCAAGCUCGAAGCAGCCUGGCGUCGUCGCGAAGGCAUGGCUAUAUCUUUUGUCCGUGGAUUUGAAUACUUGGUGAGGGCGUAUGAUCGUGUUGUGCACUGGUUACAGUGUGACGCCGUAAGCGACAGCCGUUCCUUCCAGGGAAGUGCAGGUGAGAAGGCGGGGAAACGUUUUUUUGUUCCCCGUGACGGAUAUAAGCAGGCACCUCCUGGUGAAGAUGAUCUUAGGAGCCGGUUCUUAUAAAUAUAUAAUUUCCUACAUCAACACCGAGUCGGUGUCACGGACUGCAACAGCAACAGCUCUCCCAAAGAUAAGUUGGCUUUACGCUCUUCUUGGCAAGAUAAACUCUUGCUCAACAUUUUAGUGUACUGGAUGCAAGACCCGUCGUGGUUGUCUAAGUUAGUAUUUCAACAUCGCGGUACUAGGAUUAGGGGUAGCAGUUCCUGCUAAUGUAAGUAGAAGGUAGGACGAUAACACUAGACCAGAAACGUUAUGGUACAACCGAAGAUGAAAAGGAACAAUCCUCACGUACACAUAGUUGACGACCCACAUAAGUACUUGACCUUGCAUGUUCUUGACCUCGCUUGUCCUAGAGUUCGAAUACCGAAUUCAAGUUCUUGCAAAACCAAAAGGGAAAGCCUUUGUUCUUCUAAAAUGUAGCAAAACCGUUUUGACGAUGGCGCUCCGUAUCCCGUCUUUACAGAUUCAAGGUGGAGCCACCUGGUGAAGUUCGGCCGACCUAGAGCCAAAAGUAUCUUGGAAGAGUGCGUAGACCUCGUCGUUGCUGUAGACGAGGAACAGGAGACAGUGACGAAGGUCUUUGACAGUCCGCAUGAUCAAGACGAAGCAGUAGUAGGCGAAGUAGUAUUAGCAGAUGUUGGUAUAGCGAGAACUGUUGGCCAGGAGGAGCAACCAGAAGGAUCUUUAGAUCCAACAAGAGCUCCUGCUGUAGGGCGCCAGGGACAAGAAGCAUCAAGUGGAGGCUUUCCGACAGAACAAAUGUCGCGACAAGGAGGGGGUGGAGAUUAUGGAAGAGUUUUGGAUUUCUAUUUCACUUGUUGUCUUGUUGUCCCCCCAUCACUCACGACUCCCGUUCACGUUCACUCUCGUCUCAUGAUUAAGAUUAUUCGUGUUAAAAAUAAUCUAAUAACGAAGUACUACAACUACUUCUAUUCAUUUUCGAUAUUUUCAUUAUACUAGUUUGCUAGACGAGCUCCACCGGAAUUACACUGUGCAUGAACAACUGAUGAAACUUGAUUUUCUCGUAGUAGUUCUUACCUUGUUCAACUUGUUCUCCUACGUCAAAUACAGGGCUAGCACAGAUGUCUCUUCUUCAUUUCUUCUACUAGUACAAGUAGUAUUAGCUCUGCUCCAGGAUGCGAGGUUCUGGAUUUUAGAAGGGUUUCCGUUUUUGUACUUUUAAAUAUAGGUCGUGGUCGUGGUUCGUUUUGUGUUUGUGCGUCUCCGAACUGUAAGAAAGUACCAGUGCCCUCUUUCAUUGCCAAGGGAAGCCGCGCAAAGGUGGUCCGGUUCAGGAGCGUGUUGUUCUGCCAACGAUUACAAGCACGGGGGAUGUGAUUGAAGCACCAGCUUAUGACCACUUAAGUGAUAAUAGUAUCUUUAACAUAUAAAUAUAAGUCUCUGGAUCUCCUCGAUCGUUUCACCCAGCGUCGCAGUUCUUGUAGAGUUGUUGUUCAAGAUCUAGAUGAUCUUCUACUGUGUAAAUUCAUAUCAUGGUCGGACACGUCUUCAAGAUCUACAUGGUCUUCUACUGUGUAAAAUCAUUGUCGGAGUAGGAGUCAGAAGUAUGGGUAAGCGUAUAAGAAUAUUAACUUAGUUCUAGCAUAAGAUAAGGAUAAGCAUAAUUUUUACCACGAGUAUGAUCGUUAUCAAAAAGCUUCUCUAAGUACGGCGCGAGCGACCUUCAUCUUCACUUCUCGUCUUCGACGAGCACGAGCCAGCCCAAGUACCAGCUGUAGCCGGCCCACGCGGACCAUCGCCUGGAGUACGAUCCGAACAUGAAGAGCAACACCAACAGGCUCAACUACGGGCUCGACGUCAACCUGAAGAACAAGGAGAACAGUUACCAGACGAACAAUUGCAGCAUCAGCAUCAUGAUCGCCGUAGAAAAGAGGAGGAAAAUAAACGUUUGGACAUUUUCGAAAGACUUAUUGCUAACUUUCCUGACUUCCUGGCACAAGUUUUCGCCGCUUCCUCGAACUCGGUCGUGACAAAUCGAGCACACACUACGCCAGCGGCUGAUCCUCAUCAACAUUAAGGCUAUCUUCACCCAAGGACCAUCCUCUUCCUUCGUUCCUCAACUACAUUCAUCGUCUUUGCAUCUCUCUCCACAUCCAGAUCCACUUAAUAUGAAAAAAGAGCCUUUUUCAAGGAUAUAUUAAUACUCUCAAAGAGGAAGAUGCGAAUGCGGUAGCUCUAACAACAACGUCCGACUGAGGAUUUGGUUCAAAGUAGGGAAAAAAAGCGGCUGGUUGAUGCGCAUUUGCGAUCAUCAGCUUUCCUUGCUGGAGAUCCAUUAACGGGCGCGCCAUUGUUUGAAAAUUUCGCUUUUCUGCUGGAAGACGCGACAGGAGUGGUGGAGGGUUUACUUAAGGCACUAUCUCUAGCACCACGAAAAAUAAAUCACUUGUUGAUGUUCGGUGGAGAGGCAUUUGUAGUGGAGUCAAACGAACUCUAGCAAUAAGUUGAUGCUCGGUGGGGAAGCAUUUGUAGUGACACAGGUAGUGGUAGUGUAGUCAGAAAGGCAGUUUCUUCUUGUAAUUUUAAUUUUUGUUCUUACAAGAGUUAUUUAUCAAAUGCGCGACUGUGGUGUACAUGUACUAUCAUCCUAUCAUCUCCAUAUCAAUUAUAUCUAAUGUACGCCGAGAUCUCGCAGCAGAGCAGGCACAAGAAAGAGAACGCAUACCAGGAGGAUCGUCUGAUGAUAGAACUCCCGGACGGUCAUCGGGAGCUGCUCUUGGUGAUCUGACAUCUGGAGGUGCACCUUCAGCAAUUACGAUUUCAGAAGAGCUGCAAGUGGUUGAUGAAGUAGAAGAUGGCGAUAUGCGUGCUGAGUUACCAGACCCAGGUGCCGAGUCUCGAGGAACGACUCCUGCAGCAUCACAAAUAAGUCCUCCUCGUGGUUUGACGCAAGCUGAAAAGAAGGUGAAGAGAGCACGACGGCAUUUCUUAGCGGUAAGGGAAAUUUUUGUCCGCGUUUUGGGGUAUUACGCGCAAGUAGCUGGCGAGAAGUGGCAAAUCGUCACGCAUAUGAAGGUGCCGACAAAAGACGAUGUCAUGGAGAGAAAGAGAUCAUUAUGGCUGGUGCAAGUUCUUGUUAACUUAGUUGUAGAAGACAAUCCAUGUAGUUUCCUAGUUGUCGGUUUUUGAUGAUGAGGUGGAGGUAGUUUUUGCAUUUCAUUUCGAGUAGCCACUCCCUGUUCUCGUUCCUGAGCAAAGACGCAGCAAGAUCGUUCAAACGAACCAAAGUCAAGAAUUAUUCUUAUUGGUAGCUGCUUUGCCUUUGCUAUUGAAUCCUAACGAUGUAAAAAAUCGAAACAAAAACAGAGAUCUGAGAUGGUCAUAGUUGUCAUAGUAGUGAUCUACUUACAAGUACAACUCAACAGCAUCCUCUAACUUCUUUGGCAGGCAGCUUCCAGUUAGCGGAUCUUGUCAAAAACACUGAUGAACACCUUGGUGUUACAGCAGUACAAGUUGCUCAAGAAGCGAGCAAUACACCUGUAGCGAGUGCACCUGGAGGAACUGAACCUAGUGAACCUUCCACACGAGGAACCCUUCAAGACAUGCUAAUUGUCAGACCGGAGUCGAUGUUCAAGCAUGACAAGAUUACGCUUCUCCCUGACAAUGAAGAGACCUUUUGGGAAGAUGAAAUCGGGUCAAAAACCAAAGAAGAGAUUGACUUGAUGUUUAACACACUGGUUUGAAGAUAAUGAUACAUCAUGGCUAUAAUGUCGCAACGGUUUGAUUGUGAUAAGUAGGUGUAGAACAAGAAGAAAUUACUGACACUGGUUUGAUAUUGUUAAUGAUACGUCAUUUUUGGGAUCUUUGUUCUUUAUUUCAAAGCAAUCUCCAUCUCGCGAAAUGACAUUUUUUAUCGAUUUUAGUACUCGGAUUAGCAAGUAUAUUAGGCUUAGGUAACAAGAAUUGUUCUUGUUACAUGAAACAAGAAGCAUCAGCAAACAAGCGUCAAUCGUUCAACAUUGUAAAAGGACAACUCUAACAAGGAUAAUGAAUCCCAAAUUGCAUCAGUGUCACUCAAUUAUUAUCCACUACAAAAUAAUGUUAUAUGAGGGGAUCAAUACGAAUAUCGAUGGAAAAAUGACUCAUACAUAGAUACCUUUAGCCAUGUCUACCAAUAAGAUGCACAAACCAUUGCACCGUUCUUUCAUGAAAAUAUACCACUGUUAUCUUUCAUUUGAGGCAAGACCAAGAGCAAGACUUUGGUGAAACAACAAUAAGAUGAAAAUGUUUUAGAAUUUCGUCGCAUGUGCAAGAUAUCUCUUUUUUUUGGAAAAAUUUCAAUUUGAUUCGCAGACAAAUCUAGGAAGGAGCAAAUUAUUUUGAAGCUCCUUGUGCUUUUGUGUCACUCAGUCCUCCUCAUCUUCGAGGAAGAAUGACCUUUGAAAGAGCAAUACAACCACGGGGAUGCGUCUGGG